CUCAAAUGUGGUCACUUAAGAAUAAGCGUGUUAGGGUGCUGUGUAUGGUUGCCCUAGUGGCUUCAGUGGCAGCUCAAUAUGGCCACGAGCAUGGCCACGGUCACGCCUACUCAUCCCAGCAUAUUUCGCGACAUGAUGGUCCUGCGCACGUUGUGCAUGUGCAAGGUCACGGCGGACACGGCCAUGGCCAUGGUCAUGAGGACCAUAUUGACUACUACGCCUACCCAAAAUACGAAUUUGAAUACAAAGUAGAAGAUCCCCAUACUGGUGACAAGAAGAGUCAACACGAAGUCCGCGAUGGAGAUCAUGUGAAGGGAUUUUACUCUCUACACGAGCCUGAUGGUUCUGUCCGACACGUAGAAUACCAUGGAGAUAAGCACAGCGGUUUCCACGCCACCGUGAAACAUAGCACCCACCACAUAGUUCCUAUUUUCGCUUCAGUUACUUUGGAGUUAAAGAAGGAGUGUUCACCAUUGGAUUUGUUAUUAGCACGCCAACUAAACAAUAACAAAAAAAUGUUCUCUAAGGUCCUGUGCCUUGUCGCCGUCGUCAGCGUAGUGGCCGCACAGUACGGCCACGGUCACGGUCACGGUCACGCGUACUCAUCUCAACACAUCUCGCGGCACGAUGGGCCCGCACAUGUUGUGCACGUCCACGGUCAUGGUCAUGACCAUGGUCACGGUCACGGUCAUCAUGACCACGUCGAUUACUACGCUUACCCCAAAUACGACUUCGAGUACAAAGUAUCGGACCCUCACACCGGCGACCACAAGAGCCAGCACGAGUCCCGCGAUGGUGACCACGUGACUGGUUACUACUCGCUCCACGAGCCCGAUGGCUCUGAGAGAAUCGUCCACUACCACGGUGAUAAGCACAGCGGUUUCCACGCGACCGUCAAACACGAAACUCAUCACAUUGUGCCCCAUCAUCAUCACCAUCAUUACUAAGCCUGGAAAUGGGUUUUAGACCUGAGCUUCACUGUGAUCUUAAUAAUAAUUUGUUGAAUGAUUUUUUAAUCUAUUUU